AUGACUACUACUGUUCCUAUAAUUUACUCAUUUCCCGAGUUUCUUGGAGUUGCAGAAGCAGUUGCGGAUUUAAUCAUUUCAUCACAGAAUCAGACUUUAUACAACACUACUGAUCUAAAACAAAUUGCCUUGAUUAAAGCAGGCCAAGUAAAACGUCCAUCAGUUAACAAAACAAACAGUUCACUUUCAAUUAUCAAUCAGAGUGGUAAUGGUAAUGGAAAUAAUGGCUUAAAUGGCAAUGGCAAUGGAUCUACUGGAAGUAGCGGUGCCACACUAAGUGUCAGUGCUAGUAAUACUCAAUCCACAUCCAAUUUAAACCCUGAUACCCUAUCAGCAUCAUCAACAAAUUUGGCUGCCAACAACAAGAUCAAAAAGGAGAAAAAAAUUUUGAAAAAGCAAGAAAUUAGGUUCAAGAUUGCUAUCAGUGGAGGUUCAUUAAUCAAGAUCUUAAAUCAAGGUUUAUUAACUAGACAAGAAUUUAUUGAAUGGGAUAAGUGGGACAUUUAUUUUGCUGAUGAAAGAUUAGUACCGUUUGAUAGCCCUGAUUCCAAUUAUGGACAAGCUAAAUUGGAAAUUUUUGAUCAUAUAAAAGGAGAUAAACAACCACGAAUUUUCCAUAUUGAUGAAUCUUUAAUUGAUGAUCCCCAAGAAGCUGCUGACGAUUAUGAGAAACAAUUGAUACAACAGUUUGCCAAAAAGGAUUCAGUUAAAUUACCCAUGUUUGAUUUAUUAUUAUUGGGAUGUGCUCCAGACGGUCAUAUUGCUUCAUUGUUUCCUAAUCAUGGUGAAAGCUUGAGAGAAAAAUUAGCUUGGUGUAUACCUGUGUCCAAUGCACCACUGGGUCCAUCAAAUAGAAUUACUUUAUCAAUACCUGUUAUAUGUCAUGCAGCAAGAGUUGCAUUUGUUGUUGAAGGUUUGACGAAAGCUCCAAUUAUCAAGACAAUUAUGGAAAGACCGGAAAAGGGGUUACCUAGUUCAAUUGUUAAUGAAGGGGCAGCUGGUAGAGUAAGUUGGUUUGUUGAUGAUGCUGCAUUGAAUGAUUUAUAUGAUAUUACCAAAAAGAAGUAUAAAUAUUUAUCAAUCCCAGAACCAAAUCAUUGA